GAUAUUGCCUCAUGCCACUCUAAUUACAACAAACCAGACACCACAACAUAUAAAGAGCUGCUCUACCUCUUAUCAAUUUUAUUCUGAAACUAUUCCUUGACUACACUUGUCUUUGUCAGUACCAGUCAAACUUUCUAUCUUUUAGCUGAGAGCAUUUUUAAAAGUCUUAAAAUGUACGAAAAAAUUAAUGUGGAUCUGAUGAACAACACCGGAAUUCGCGUGGUGGAUUUACGAAGUGACACCCUAAGCAAACCUACGCCUGAGAUGAGAGAAGCUAUGUAUAGGGCUACUGUUGGGGAUGAUGUCUAUGGGGAAGAUCCAACAGUAGCUGAGCUAGAAAAAAGGGCUGCAGAAUUACUGGGUAAAGAAGAAGCUGUAUUUGUAGCGAGUGGUACCAUGGCUAAUUUAAUUGCAAUAAUGGUUCAUUGUAACCAAAGAGGCAGCGAAAUCAUAUCCGGAGAUUGUGGUCACACAUUCAAAUUCGAACAAGGUGGAACGGCUCAAAUAGCCGGUGUCCAUACGGCAGUGAUUAAAAAUAACGAAGACGGCACAUUUAGUAUCGAUGAAUUGCGCAAGAGGAUUAGAAAGAACCCCGACUUUCACGAACCUAUAUCAUCCCUAAUCAUCGUUGAAAAUACUCACAACAUAUGUGGCGGAAAGGUCUUACCCCUGGAAUGGCUGGAAAAGGUGCAAGCUGUUGCUCACGAGCACAACAUACCUGUCCAUAUGGACGGAGCAAGAAUGAUGAAUGCCGCUGUGUAUUUAAACGUGCCACCUAGUAGACUAGCGAAAGACGUCGAUUCUGUAUGCUUUUGCCUCAGUAAAGGACUGGGUUGUCCUGUUGGUGCCAUCUUAGCUGGAACCAGCGGCUUCAUUGCAAAUGCAAGGAGAGUAAGAAAAGCCAUUGGCGGUGGCUGGAGGCAGGCCGGCAUUAUUGCAGCUGCUGGACUAGUAGCUUUGGACAAAAUGAUUGACAGAUUGCGGGAAGAUCACGAUCAUGCCUAUCAAAUAGCUAAAGCCAUUUUCGCAAUGCAUUCGAACAAUUUCCGAGUGGACUUGGCCACAGUGCAAACAAAUAUAUUGCUGAUGUACAUCAACCGCAACAAGAUUCAAAUCAAAGAACUUCAGCGCAGAUUGCAGACAGUUUUAAAGACAGACAGUGUAAAGUGCAGUGUUAGAUCUAUGUCGCUAAAUUACGAUUGUAUUAGGUUCACGUUCUAUUGGGAAAUCAGUGAUGAAGAUGUACAAAUGGCAUGCGAAAAAAUCCAGUUGGUUAUAAAGGAAUAUGACGAUAUGCUUAGGGUACCAUGCUAAAAACUGUUUAUUAUUUUAAACGUAUGAAUUGUUACAUCAGCUAUUGUAAAAACUUUUUAGUAGUGUGAUAUUUUAAGAGUAUCGUCAUUAUGACACAAUAUAAUGCUGUAUUUUUAUCUUUUGAUUUACCAUUUUAUAAUUCAAGAAGUGAAGAAAUACUGCCAACCAAGAGUAAAUAUUUUUGUUAUUGAACAAUAUUUAUCUCCUAAAAUUUGCAAUAACCUUUUUAAAGUAAUAUUUAUUAGACAACGCAAAUAUUAGGAAAUAUUAUUUCUUAAUAUUAUUGGGUGUCAGUGUAUAGUGAUUAUUUUAUAUAUUGUUUAUAAAAGCUUUUAUAUGAUCGUUUAUAUGCUUUCCUAAAUAAAGUUCUAUAACUAC